AUGUUCAGUCGGAACUCUAUACUGAUUGUCCCUCUUUUGAUACAGGAAGUUGUUGGGCUCAAACCUCCCAUUCCUGGAUACAAAACUCAAGAUAUAACAUGGCAGAUUGAGGUUUUCCCCGGCCAAGAGCAUCAGAAUUUCACUGGAACCAUAGAAAACGUUAUUUCAGAAGUCCAGAAACGAAAUACAGCCUUCAAACUGGAUCCCCCUGAAAUAGACAUUCUCUCCAAACGCUACCAAUGGGACUUUGGGGACCUCAUUUGUGGUGGCGGCCCCUACAACUGGCAGUGGGCAAAGACAAACUAUGUCACCGGCGGAAUCAAGUACUUACGAUCCAUCAAAGGAAAGCCUCAUCUGCCUGCUGGUCCCGGGACCUGCGGGCGCGUGAGCUGUGGUGACAAGGCUUCCAUCUGGUGGUGCAACGACAGAGAUGAUUUUACCGAACACUACUUGACUACCUUUGCGGAGAUUGCGCUGGGCGCCGAGAGAAUUAACGAUGUUUGCAGAACGGAAACUAGAAAGGGCUGGUUGACUGUCGGUCAAAUAUUUACGAACCAAAAAUGGAAUGUGAUUGUUCGUGAGGACCGCAACGAUUGCUAA